AUGACAGAAUAUUCCAGCGUUAAAUCCACGAAAUUGGUUCUAAAGGGACAACAUAAAGGGAAAAAGAAGAAGGACAAGAACAAAAAGAGAAAGUCCGCAGACGACGAAUACAAACAGGAUGUUGUCGGCGGUUGGUGGGCCGUCCGCCAUUUUGGCGACAUCAUGGGCACGGUCGCCAUCGAGAUGCACAAAAACUCGUACAUCCACGCGUUGGACACGGGACUUUUUACGAUCGGCGCGCCGCACCCAGAUGACGAAGGACCCGACCCACCAGAACAAUUUACGGCGGUCAAGCUCUCUGACAGCAGGAUCGCCUUGAAGUCGGGCUACGGAAAAUACUUGGGUCUCAACGCCGACAACUUGGUGGUGGGUCGCUCCGACGCCAUCGGAGCCAGGGAACAGUGGGAGCCCGUUUUUCAAGAGGGCAAGAUGGCGCUCCUGGCCGCCAACAGCUGCUUCAUCUCCUACAGCGAGAGCGGCGACAUCGAGGCCAAGAGCAAAACGGCGGGCGAGGGCGAGAUGGUGAAGAUCCGCUCGUGCGCCGAGCGAGACGUGAAGCCCAAAGACGACAUCGCCGACGAGGACCGGGGCGACGUCAAGAACUGCGAGCUCAAUUACGUGAAAAAGUUUCAGAGUUUCCAGGACCGACGGCUGCGAAUAAACGAGGAGGAGCCGUCCUCCCUGAAGAAGGCCAGAUUGGAUGGAAAGUUUCACGAAGCUUUGCUUGACAGAAGGAGCAAAAUGAAAGCAGAUCGAUACUGCAAGUGA